AUGAUCUCGGUUUCUAGAGCCGGGCUCAACCUCAUAUACCGUCGAGCUAUAUUUGCUAACAGAAUAGUUGGCAAUCGAUAUUAUAAUGAAUUAAGGCAUGGCAACUAUACCAAUUACAACAUGUCGCAACCCAGCCAGCUGCUCCCUGAAAAAAGAUAUAGUUCCACUUCUUCAUCCGCUGGCUUCUCCGAUAGAAAAACGGCACCAAUACCAUCAUCAAAACAGUCCAAUCCAAAAGAUGUACUUAACUUAAUCAGAUUAGCGAGGCCAGAGGCGAAGCUUUUUGGUGCUGCGUUGGGCUGCCUAGUUAUAACAUCUGGCGUCAGCAUGAUGUUCCCCUCGGUGAUUGGCAAAAUUAUAGACACUUGCUCUACUGAUAUUCAUAGUGAUACGAUAAACCUGUUCAAUAGUGUCGAAGUAACAUCAUACACGUUUUACAUUGGUUUGGGGUGUAUCUUUGUCGUCGGAUCGUUUGCUAAUUAUGGAAGAAUUUUGAUUCUCAGAAGGAUUGGUGAAAAUGUUAUUAAGAGACUAAGAGUCAGUCUCGUAUCUAAUUUACUUCGCCAAAAAAUGAUCUUCUGGGAUAUUCACAAAUCAGGCGAUCUAAUUUCUCGGAUCGUUAACGAUGUGACAAUUAUUAGCCGUUCCAUAUCGCAGAAUUUGAACGAUGGGUUAAGGUCAAUGAUUAGUGGUUUAGUAGGGCUAACCAUGAUGUUCUUGAUCUCUAGUAAACUGACAUGCUACAUGAUUCUGGUAAUACCUCCUUUAGCCCUGUUAGCUUUGGUUCUAGGAAAACGUUUGAAAUCUGUAUCAAAGCUAAUUCAACAACAACUUGGAAAUCUCACCAAGGUUAUCGAGCAACAGUUCCAUUCAGUGAAAACAAUUCAAUCUUUCAACAAAGAGUAUAGAGAGAUAGGAGCAUUCACUCAUGAAGCAACAGAACUGUAUAAACUAUCUAUGGAGGAAGCUCGAGUAUCUGGGUAUUUUUAUGCUACAACCGGCUUCAUAGGCAACUCCACUAUAAUUUUGCUACUGAUAAUUGGUGUUAACAUGAUCAAGACUGGCCAGAUAACGUUAGGUGAUCUCUCUUCUUUUCUUAUGUAUGGGAUAUAUACUGGAUCAUCAGUUUUUCAACUUUCCAAUUUUUACACCGAACUGAUGAAGGGCGUUGGCGCUUCAGAACGGGUAUUAAGUUUGCUUAACGAGUCUAAAGUACAGUCUGCUAAAGAAACACCUACAAAUGUUGCCGGCCCAGUCAAUUUGAAUGGAGAAAUUCACUUCAAAAACCUGACAUUUAAGUAUCCAAGUCGACCUGAGGUCACUAUCUUUAAUGAUCUGGAUCUAAAGAUCGCUAAAAAUUCUCAUGUUUGUUUGGUUGGACCAAGUGGAUGUGGUAAAUCAUCCAUUGCAUCUCUUUUAUUGAAAUUUUAUGAUAUCCCCGAAUCCAGUAAAAUUGUCAUCAACGGGCAAGACAUUUCUCAGAUCUCUCUUCAACAGUUACGAACUCAUAUUGGAUACGUGCAACAAGAGCCUGUACUUAUAGCUGGAACAAUAAAACAAAAUCUUCUUUACGGGCUUGAUGAAGAGACUGCUUCAAGCAUAUCAGACGAGCACCUGCAUCAUGUUAUAGAAAUAACUAAUUGUUCCUUCGUGUUCAACCUUCCUCAUAAAUUGGAAACAAUGGUUGAUAGCAGUAUCAAUACUACUUUGUCCGGUGGGCAGAAACAAAGGCUAGCUUUUGCUAGAGCCAUUAUGAACGAUCCGGAUAUUCUUGUACUUGAUGAAGCCACCUCUGCCCUGGAUUCCGCCUCUGAAGCUGCUAUACACAAAAUAUUCAGCGAGCGUUCUGCUCAAGGGAAAACCACCAUCUCUAUAGCUCACAGAUUAAGCACUAUCCGCAUGGCAGAGGAAUGCAUCGUGUUCAAUGGCAAAGGCGAGGUCAUCGAGAGAGGCCACAUUUCAAUGCUUUUAAAUAAAAAUGACAGCGAGCUUAACAAGCUUCUUCGUAAUACUCAACAUACAUAA